GGCAUCAGAUGAUGAGCGGGUCAGGCAGGUGUGGUCGGCAGGGAGACAUUCCGACCGGAGCCGUGAUCCAGAUCCACAGCCGGGAUUCAGCCAGCGCGUUACCCCAGGAGGCCGGAACCAUGAGCGACCUACCGGGAACCGAACAUUCCAGAUGACCGAACACCUGAAGCGUCCUGGGAUGAAACGGGAACCAGAGGAACUGAAGGGAUCGAACUCAAAGGGACGUCUGCAGAUGCUUCUUUUUGCACAAAGGGAUGGAGUUCAGGGUAACAACUGCUCAUAACUGGCUUAACGGUCCAUGCACCAGCCUCAGAAUGCCAAACCUGGAGAUGUGACGACUUGCUGUGGGAGUGUUGCUGAUAGAACAGAACUGGAAAUCCCCUGCAGGAGUCACCGGGUGGAACUGGAACUAAGGUGGAACCAACCAGCUGCCGUCGGGCGUCAAGUAUGAAUCAUAAGUGCUCACUUCUUCACACAUUCUGCCGGGUGCUGCGGUUUCACCCUGAAACCGACCAGGAUGAUGUGAGCACCUGAACUGGAACUUAAAUGGCUGCUGUUCUGCUCUGAGCUGGGAGCGACUGAACAAACUCUGCACGUGAAACUGGUUUGACUUGGGAGUCGAGUUUGAGGCGUCCAGAUGGCCGGAAAAGACUACAAUCAUCUGUUCAAGCUGCUGAUCAUCGGAGACUCCAAUGUCGGGAAAAGCAGCCUCCUGCUUCGCUUCGCAGACAAUUCAUUCUCUGGCAGCUACAUCACCACCAUCGGCGUCGACUUUAAGAUCCGGACGGUCGACAUCGACGGCGAACGAGUGAAGCUGCAGAUUUGGGACACGGCCGGACAGGAGAGGUUCAGAACCAUCACCUCCACCUACUACAGAAACACCCACGGAGUCAUCAUCGUUUACGACGUGACGAAUCCGGAGUCUUUUGUCAACGUUAAGAGGUGGUUAAAUGAAAUCUCCCAGAACUGCGACAACGUCUGCAAGAUUCUCGUGGGAAAUAAAAACGACGACCCCGCCAGGAAACAGGUGGAGACUCAGGACGCCAUGCGGUUUGGGGAGUCGGUCGGUGUUCGAGUCUUCGAGACGAGUGCCAAAGAAAACAUAAACGUAGAAGAAAUGUUCAUGGCCUUCACCCACAUGGUUCUUCGGGCCAAGAAGCAGAGUCAGAACCGAGCCGAGAGGGAACGAGAACGUGAGAAGGACACGGUGAACAUGAACGCUCAGAGGGACCGAGACCGAAGGAAGAGAGGCAAGAAGUGCUGCUGAUCAAUAAACAGGAACUGAUGUGGAUCCGAUCGAAGCCUCCGGAGAUUCUUAAUUUACUGAACGGACGACGUUCUCUCUGCAGCCUGAAGUUAACGGAUCAUUCUGGUGUUUUUUCCCGGCUUUAAAGUUGGAUGUUUUCAUCGACUCCUCGCUGCACAAACGUGUCCUGAAUCUGUAGUUUCACCUGAUCAACGCUUAUCUGUCGACUGUGGGGAAGUUUAGAGACAAUUCAGCAGCAUUUAAAGUCGUAUUAGACGACAGGAACCUGCAUAAAAACCCAAUUUUUCCUGCUUGCUGAGUAAAUGUGCAGCCGUUCUGGUGAUUUGGUGAACAAGUUGUUAUUUUUGUUAAAUCUGUUGGGCAUAUUUUUAAAUUAAAUCAAUCUCCGUAUCGUAUUUAACUCAGAAACAUGCAGCUUGUAGCUUCUUGCACCAAGGCAACAAAUGAAAUGUGUUUUUUAGUGCCAACAUCAGGGUUUGAUUCCCAAAAAAAUCGAGUGUAGAUGAACAUAUUGGCUGCAUCUGUGAAUAAUUCUGAUUUAAGUGACCCGUGUGGUCACUGUUGGACUAAAACUGACAGUCAUUUACUGAUUUUUUUGUGAUUAAUUGAGCAGAAAACUACUUUAAACUUUUGUCAACGUCCUCAAACGUCGAGUUUAAAAUGCUGAACAGUUAAAAACUCAGAAACACUCAGUUUACGAAGACGUGGCCAAAGAAGAUUCUCACAUAAAGGGAUUAUUUGUGGAAUACUCUGGUUUUUCUCUCAACAAUCUGAGAUUCAGACAGAAGGCAUUAAACCAUUAAACCCUCAGCUGUGACUGUCAGGCACAGAUAUGCAACAACAAACAUCUAAAUAACUCUGAUCAGAUCAAAGCUGCUUUUAUACAUGUAGUUUAUCUGUUAUUGAAGCAUAUCAGAAGGCAAAGCAGCUCCAGACGUUUAAAAUCACACAUCAUUAAAGCUGCAGCUCACAAUUAUUUCCACUGUUUGGUCUCUAAAAUCUCAGAAAAUGUUGAAAAAUGUCAAAAAGUGCUUCCCAAAGCCAGAAAUAACUCAAUACGUUCAGUUUACUGUCAUAGAGGAGGAAAGAAUCGAGAAAAUGUUUACAUUUAAGAAGCUAAAAUCUGAAAGUUUACACUGUUUGUGGUUAAAAAUGAGAUUUUAGAUGAAUUUACAUGAAGAAAAGAGUAGUUUCAAGGACCAACUUUCCAAAAAAAAUAAUUUUCUCAGCUAAAGAACUGAAAAUAAGUUUCACAUUCACCAAAUUUACAUUCAAAUCCAGUCAUAAAUAGAGUUAAAAGUCAUUAUUCAGGUUAGAUUACUGUUAUUUUUCAUUAAAGAUGGUCUCCAAAAUUGUGAAAAAUCUCCUUUAAUGUUUCCCCAAAGUCAGAGACGUGCAACAGUAAAAGAAAGUUAAACAUUUUGAAAUGAUUUUAUUAAAAAAAAAAAAAAAAAUCUCCAUUUACAUGAAGAAAAAACAAAUUUUGAAGGCAAAUUCACAAACACAUUCAAGUCAUUUAAAGCAGCUCUGGUUGUGUAUUGAGGUAGAAUUCAUUAUUUAUUAUAUAAAUUUAGUUGUUUGGUCUCUAAAAUGUCAGAAAAUGUUGAAAAUUGUUCAUUAGUGUUUCUCAAAUACAAAGAAUCCCAAAAAUAUUCAGUAUUUUACUGUCAUUAAGGAGGAAACAAACCAGAAAAUUCUCCCAUUUAAGAAGCUAAAAUCACAGAAUUUUGACAGUUUUUAUUUAAAAAUAGCUUAGACUGAUUAAUAAUUGAGGAUUAAUUUAAUAGCUGACAACUAAUUACAAUUAUUCGCUGCAGUUUUACUCAUCAGCUUUACUUAAAUGUUGAUAUUUAUCAGAAGUAAUCCAGUAAAAUGUGACCUUUAGAGGCUUCUGUAGAGUUUUUCUUUCAAAAACAUCUUAAAAAUGUACCAAUGAUUCAGAAAAAUUCUGUUGGAUUUUCUUAGUUAUUUCAGGUUUUGCAUUUCUUGCUCCCCAGAUUUCUUUUUAAAAUUUUGAUGACUUUUGUCAGAAAAAUGAGUUUUCCUCUUUUCAGGCAUCAGAUACGAGUUCUGACACUUUAGCUGCCUGAUAAUAAUGAAAUAAAGGCAAUUUUUGUUACAUUUUAUUUGUUAAAAUCCGUUUAAAAUCGCUCAACUUGGGAAAACCUGCAAAUGAAGCUUUGCUCUUCAACUUCCUUCCACUGCUCCUACAAAAUAAAAGCAUGAAAAGCCUCAAAUCCCCUUCAAUGACUGAACUGACCCGAGAUGUUUGUGAUUUUAGUGCAAAAACACCCGAAUGUUCCUUUGACUUUGCUCUUUUCUGCUUGUGUUUGUCUUAAUCCAGAACUCAUAUUUAACUCUGAAAGGGAACUAAAGUUACUAACAGGAGUUUAAACUGUCCAAAGUGUUUUAAUGUGUUUUAAUGUCGACUCAAUCUGAAUAAAGCAAUAAAGCCGGUGA